UGUGGUUCACAGUUAGUCCCCCUUUAGACUUCACCGAGUGCGUGAUUGAGUGUAGGAACAGUGAUUGUUCAACGGCUCUAGGGGCACAAUCGUAAGGGAGAAUGGCUGCAGGUGAAGUUCAGACGGCGAGUGAAUCAGAAGAUCUGAAGAAAAUCUUCAAUCCAGAUGGAAAGAAGGAGAAGCGAUAUGCUUUUGGUUUCAAAACUCAGGUUUACUGGGGAAAUGUCAUCGGUAUUUUCAUCUGGCAUCUACUGUCGUUCUACUACUUCAUCACUUUCCCUUAUCUGCAGCAUAAAGGUCUCGUAAUCUGGGCAUUUGUCCUGGCGGAGCUAAAUCUUCUCUCCAUCACCGCUGGUGUGCACAGGCUCUGGUGUCACCGAGCUUACAAAGCUAAGGCGCCUCUUCGCCUACUCCUGGCUGUCCUUUAUUAUUCAACUGGCGAGAAUCGCAUUAUUCAGUGGGUGCGUGAGCACAGGUGUCAUCACAAAUAUGCAGACACCGAUGGUGAUCCCCAUAACAGUCAGCGUGGCUUCUUCUUCUCCCACUUUGGCUGGCAAAUGAUGAGGAAACACGAUGCUGUGAUCAACGGUGGCAAUACCAUAGACUUGAGUGACGUCGAGGCUGAUCCAAUUGCUUCAUUCUUCGACAAACGUUACGUAUUCUUCAAGACUCUCUUCUGCUUCUUCCUGCCAGUCUUCGUUCCCGUCUACUUCUUCGAUCAGGACUUGAAGGCAGCAAUUAUUACCCAAUGGCUCAUGAGAUACCCCUACGUCGUCAACAUGAUGUUCUCGGUGAACAGUUUUGCUCACACAUACGGUUAUCGCAGCUACGACAAAACUAUUCGACCGGCGGAGAACGGGAUAAUUUCCCUGCUGAUGGUGGGUGAAGGCUGGCAUAAUUAUCAUCAUGCUUUCCCCUGGGAUUACAAAGCUUCGGAGCUCGGCUGGGCGUUGUUCAACAGAACCACCUUCUGGAUAAAUUUCUUCGCAAAAAUCGGUUGGGCUUACGACCUGAGGGAAGCCACUCCCGACCACCUGAAGAGAAUCAUAGAGCGCAAGGGCGACGGUACACACCCUAUUCACGGGAUCGCGAAGAAAGACGACGAGAUCGAAGUCACGCAGAUGCCUUAUGCUUACGAAUAAUUACCUAACUAUGUUCAUUAUUUAAUUUAUGAUCAUUUUGGAAAAGCGACAAUUGUUGAGAAUAUUCGGACGACUUUUUUCCAUCUUUUAUUGGAAAAGAAUCAUUGUCUCGAUGGUCAGAUGGAAGAGACAGCAGAGACAGCUUUCCUCAAUAAUCACGAGACGUUAUAGAGACUUAGUAUAAUUAAUUAGUUAAUGUCUAAUGCGUCUGGCUGGCUCGGCCUUCCAAGUUUAAUUGAAAGAAUUAGUAUUGACUCUAUUGAUUAUCUAGCUCAUUGUCCCUCCAAUUCGCCGAAGUUCUCCUACAGGCAUGUGCUCCCUUCAUCCCUCUCCCCUUCCCUGUAAUGAGCUAUUUGGCCCUGUGAAUGACGUCCCCUGCUGAUGGGAUCACAUGUUAUGAUAAUCAGCUGUAAUUUGCCAAAUGGAAACAUGUCUACACGUAGAACGAAUUCUAAACAUUUCAAAAUCGUUUUAGAAUGAUAAAGAGGUUGGAUAGAAUCUUGUAAAACCCUGAACUGUAUAAUUAAAGAUAUUGAACCAGUUGGCAUAAUAAUUGUAAUGAGUCGUUGUACUGUUGUAUUUUCCGAACGAAAUUAUCUGAUCAUUCGUGUGGAUAUUUUUACGGAAGAAAUAUGUACUCGAAGUAAAUUAAAAAUUACUGUUUUUAUAUCUUAAUUAUAAAUAAAGCAGUAUGUUCCCUAA